AUAGUGCAGCACUUUCUGAGCCACAGUGCGGCAGGAGAACCGCAACAAGCGAGGAAAAGCAGAGGGGAACCAACUUGUGUUUGAAAACAAAGACUUGAAUGGGAAUCGGAAUGUUUUUUCUCUCUAUCUGAAGGAAAUAUGCGCCUUCCUCAGUGAGAUUCUUCUGAAAUAGGUUGACAGCUAUUAGGCGAACCCCAUUUAAACUGGGGCGUAUUCAUUACGCGGAUCUGUUGCAAAACUUUUCUUAAAAGUAAGCAAACGGAACGAAACGGGGAGGGACCUACCUGAAUUUCUCCAAUAGAAACUCUGUUUGGACUAAUGAUUACAACCCAGGUAGCAGCAGAAUGGCUGAAAAAUACAGGCAGAGUCGCUAAUUCCACUAUUCAUAUUGACUCAGAGGAGUUAGACAAUACCAUACCGAUGGUUUGCGGUCAACUCUCCAUGUCUCUUCCAACGAAUUGUACAUUUACAUAGGCAAUUGAAGGCUGGCAAAUCAAGUAACGUUUGGCGCAUUCAAUUCCUUUGGUGGGAUGUCAUCGACUUCUAUUGCUACAUAGUUAGUCAUCAUUGGGUUUGCCGAAGGCUGUUGACACUUCAGAGUGUUAUGAUGGGUGAAGUGACGGACGCCAGGGAAAUUAAAAAUACCUUUAUUGUUCCCGCAAUAAAGUCUUCUGAUCACUAUGAUUGUUCUCGAGCAAAAAUCUACUGUAGCCUCACGUGGCUGGUGGCCAAAGCAUUUGGGACAGACAGUGUCCCGGCCGACCUGAAGGAGCCCUUCUACACAGAUCAGUAUGAACAGGAGCAUCUGAAGCCUGCAGUAGUCAGCCUACUGCUGUCUGCUGAGCUCUACUGCAGAGCCGGGAGCCUCAUCCUGACGAGGGGAGGUCACCAUGCUGUCACCCAGCCCCUGGUUGGUCACCAUGCUGUCACCCAGCCCCUGGUUGGUCACCAUGCUGUCACCCAGCCCCUGGUUGGUCACCAUGCUGUCACCCAGCCCCUGGUUGGUCACCAUGCUGUCAGCCAGCCCCUGGUUGGUCACGAUGCUGUCACCCAGCCCCUGGUUGGUCACGAUGCUGUCACCCAGCCCCUGGUUGGUCACGAUGCUGUCACCCAGCCCCUGGUUGGUCACGAUGCUGUCACCCAGCCCCUGGUUGGUCACGAUGCUGUCACCCAGCCCCUGGUUGGUCACGAUGCUGUCACCCAGCCCCUGGUUGGUCACGAUGCUGUCACCCAGCCCCUGGUUGGUCACGAUGCUGUCACCCAGCCCCUGGUUGGUCACGAUGCUGUCACCCAGCCCCUGGUUGGUCACGAUGCUGUCACCCAGCCCCUGGUUGGUCACGAUGCUGUCACCCAGCCCCUGGUUGGUCACGAUGCUGUCACCCAGCCCCUGGUUGGUCACGAUGCUGUCACCCAGCCCCUGGUUGGUCACGAUGCUGUCACCCAGCCCCUGGUUGGUCACGAUGCUGUCAUCCAGGCCCUGGCCCAGAAGGGACUCCACGUCACAGACCAGGCGAGGCUGGUUACUGAGAGAGACCUCCGCAAGAGGCCCCUACAGAUGAGUGCCCACCUGGCGAUGAUGGACACGCUGAUGAUGGCGUACACGGUGGAGACGUUGAGCGUGGAGAAGGUGGUGGCGUGCGUCCUCCAGUACUCCUCCCACCACGACGAAGAUGCAGACACGCCGUACGACACCGAGGACGCCGUGACCAGCUGGAUCAACAAGGUAAAUGAGUAUUUGAAGGAUAUCAUUGGUCAGGAGCGGAGGAGAAAACGGCAGAGUGCUGAGCCUGUUGGCAGGCCAGGGACUCUCUACAGGAAGGAGCAGCAGACUGUGGCCCAGCAGGUGCCCUGGAUCCCCCCUGUCGAUAACCUGCUGAAGGACACCACUGACGGCUGCGCCCUGGCCGCUCUGCUGCACUUCUACUGCCCACAGCUAGUCAGACUGGAAGAUAUCUGUCUGAAGGAGCGUAUGUCGCUGGCGGACAGCCUGUACAACCUGCAGCUGGUGCAGGACUUCUGUCAGGAGCACCUGAGCCGCUGCUGCCACUUCAGCCUGGAGGACAUGGUGUACGCCUCCUCGUCCCUCAAAAAUAACUACCUUGUGUUCCUGGCCGAGCUGUUCUGUUGGUUUGAAGAGGUGAAGCCCUCCUUUGUACAACCAAGAGUUCUGGAUACUGAAGAGCCAGUCCUCACAUUGUUGAGGAACAUUCCCUCAGUUCCCAUCUCCAAUGUCACCAAGAAGAGCUUCAUGGAGAGACCGCCCAGCCCAGAACCACCCAGUCUGCCUCUCCGGCCUCAACCUAGGAACUCAGGUGAAAUGAAGAGAUCCACCUCAAUGUCCUUUGUGGAUGGCUGCGUAGGAACCUGGCCCAAGGAGAAAAGGUCCGGGCCUUACGGGGUAUCCUACGACAUUCCCUUCGACAAAGAGGACACCCAGACGUCUACUCCCCCCGGCCAUGGCAUGACUCGCUCUACCAGCACAGAGGGCUUCAAGGUCCACCAAAUGUCCCGGGGCAUGAAGAGGAACCUGUCCUUCCAGCCCAUCAAUGGGCAGGGCGUGGGCAUUGAGGAGGAGGGCUGCCCGGACAGCCUAGCAGGCCCCGAUCUGCCAAGACAGCCUGGCAGACCUCAACCCAAUGGCUCAUCAGCCCUGGUUGGGCAUGGAAAAGGCGCAGCCAUCCCCAGCAUGGAGGAGGCCCUCCAGAUCAUCCACAACACCGGGAGGAAGCCCCCACAAUGCCCCCUGACGGAGGGUAUCAGCCAUGGCUUUUUCCUGCACAGUCAAAACCGGGGCAGAGGUGUAGUCGGCCUGGACCCUAAGGCCCAACAGGAGAACAUGUACCUCGACUCACUGAACACCACAGAGGUGGACACAGACAUCCACUUGAGGACAGAGGACAUCGCCGAGAUGCUGGACGAGGACUCUUCGCUGGGGGAAGCUACUAGCAUGGAGCUAGACAUGGACACACACAGUCCCUGCCCCAGCAGCUCAAGCUAUGGCAAAUCUCCCUCCACUAGCUCCGGCAUCAAGAUGACCAGCUUCGCAGAGCAGAAGUUCCGGAAGCUCAGCAACCCCGAAUCAGGGAGAAGAAGAAGCAGCAGCAGUGGGGGCGGCAGCUCCCUCAAGACCACCCCCGAGGGCUCGGAACUGGGCCUCCCCCUCUCCGUCUCCUGGGCACCCACUCCAGAGCACAGCCCUGUUCAUCAACAGAGCAUGCCCCUUACCCAAGCCCCUCCCACUGGGCCAGCGCAGGCUGCUCCGCCUAGUGACCCGGCUCAGGCCAUGGCAACAGAGAUGGUUCAGCUGCGCAUGCGCCUGGAGGAGAAGCGAAAAACCAUUGAGGCGCAGAAGAAGAAGGUGGAGGCAGCGUUUACGCUUCACCGCCAGAGGAUGGACCACUCCUCUUUCCUGGACGUGGUCAAGAGGAAGGCCGAUGGUGCCUCAGUAGGAGGAGGAGAGGAGGAAAGGGGGAAGAUGACUGCAGAGAAGGAGAGGAAAACUGAGAGGAGCAAAGCGGACACGCCUGACGGGGCCGAGCAGGGGCAGGCGCCCUUCGGGAUCUGCUGGCUGAAAUCCCCAGGAAGAAGCACGGGAGAAGAGGGAGGUCAAGGUCCCAGUGAGGUGGAUCUAGCGAACUACACACGCUCCAUGGAGAAGCUCAACCACUCACUGGGCUUCCUGCAGAUGGAGAUGCAGCGCCUGUCCCAGCAGCAGGAGGCCAUCAUGGCCAUGAGGGAACAACGGCAACAACAGGCCUGGGUCAUUCCCCCUCCCGAGACCCAGCCCUCACCCCAGAAAUAUGCUCGCGCCUCUGUCCGCUCCUCCGACUCUCCCUCCACGGCAGACUCGCCCCGCUCCGCCCACCACUCGCCCACCAGCAUCAAGAGGAAGUCGGCCUCCUUCCACUCACGGAACCCCCGCACUCCGCGCCCCAUCGAGCUUAAGCUGGCCCCCUAUAACCGCUGCCUGACGGCGCCCCAGUCUGUGGACAGCCUCCCCCGCCUGCGCCGUUUCUCCCCAUGUCAGGCCAUGGCCUUCACCUACAUGGGGGACAAACCCACCGGUGAAACCCCUGAGACCGGAGACAGGGACACUGAGCAUGUGCUAACCCCAGAGAGAGAGGCUGUUAGUGCAUCGUCACCCUCCUCCCCAGCCAAAAACAACCAGAGAACACAACCAGGGACACUAGAGAUUUCCAAGAAGGAUGAUGUGGAGGAGAAGGAAAUGGAGCACAAGUACAAAAUGGAGGAGAUUAAACCCAUAAUAGAGUCGACCGUAUCUGAAGUGCUGGCCCAGCCAGUGAAAGAGUCCUUUACGGUCACUCCCACAGAGACCCCCUUUAUCUCAGACAUGUUUGGCCAGGCCAGAAGCAAUCUGAUUGAGGUGCCUCUGUACGUGUUCAAGCCCCUGGAGGGAAAGGGGAUGGAGGAGAGUGAAGACAUGCAGGGGACCUAUGGCGAUGACGAGAAAAUGUCCUGUGGCUUUUUCUUUAAGGGUGAUGGGAACGGGGAAGACAACAUGGCUCAGAAGAGGGCUGCUCUCCUGGAGAAGAGAUUGAAGAGGGACAAGGAAACGCAGCAGAAGAAGCUGCAGCAAGAGGCGGAGCUAGAGCGGAAGAAGGAGGAGUCACGAGUGAAAGCGGAGGAAGAGCACGUGAGGAAGGAAGAUGAGAAAACUCGCCGGGAGUUCAUCAAGCAGGAGUACCUGAGGAGGAAGCAGCUCAAGCUCACGGAGGACAUGGACACGGUGAUAAAGCAGCAGCAGCGGCUGUCCGGCGCCAAGCAUAGGAGAGCCCGGCCCAGGUCCACCCACCGGGACAGCAUGGACUCCUCCAGAACCCCGGCCAGGGCAGCAGUGCCCAGCUUGUCUCUGGCCUCUCUCAACCUGGGAGACAGCUUGUCUCUGGCCUCUUUCAACCUGCAGGACAGCGACACUGUGCAAUCUGAGAAGAGAACCCCAAGGCCUGAUUCUGCAGAUGGUUUUCUGUCCCCUUGUCGAUCUGGAAGCCGGAAUGAGGAGGACGAUUGGGAGAAUGGCUCCACUGCCUCAUCUGUGAAAUCAAACACAGAGUACACCGGGCCCAAACUGUACAAGGAGCCGAGUGCCAAAUCGAACAAGCAUAUCAUCCAGAACGCGCUAGCCCACUGCUGCCUGGCGGGCAAGGUCAACGAAGGUCAGAAGAACAAGAUUGUGGAGGAAAUGGAGAAAUCAGAAGCCAACAACUUCCUGGUGUUGUUCAGGGACGGGGGUUGCCAGUUCCGCUCCCUGUACGUAUACAGCCCCGAAACGGACGAGGCCACCAAGUUGAUCGGCAUCGGGCCCAAGAGUAUUAUGAGCAAGAUGAUCGAGGGCCUCUUCAAGUACAACUCGGACAGGAAGCAGUUCAGCCAGAUUCCCGCCAAGACCAUGUCGGCGAGUGUGGAUGCCAUCACGAUCCACGGCCACCUAUGGCAAACCAGGAAACCAGCCACCCCUAAGAAAGUGUUACCUGCCAAGCCCUAAUGGAACUUACCGUACACUCCCAGCCUCCCCCGCCAUUUCCCUUCAAAUGGAACAGUCCACAUUCAAUUUGCACUUCACUGUACAUAUCCAUGAGGAUUCAGCACCUGCAAUGCCAGUUAGAUGAACACAUACUUCUUGUACUUUUUCCCCCCUCUCUCUCGCUCUUUUUUCAUUCCUGUCCAUUUACCUUUUCAAAUUCCAAACUGGACACGGGGACUCAGUUAAAGAUAUGCACAACUGGAAUGUAAAACACUAUUUAAUAUGUGUAAAUGAAUGUCACUGAUCUGUUUUAGUGUAAGAGGUUGUCUGAUUUCGAGUCAUUUUAUUACAGCACGCGUGUGUAUGGGGGGGGUUGCCCAAAGAGAGACAAAAAGGAGAAGGUAUGAAUGUUAUACAAUGUUUUAUUUGGGACACUGAAGCACUGAAUGUUACUCAUCUGUUCAAAUGUGUGGCCUUACGCUUGUUUUGUUUUUUUGUUUUGUAUGUCAGUGCAAUAAGCUGACAGUAAAACUAUACCUUCGAGACUUUUCUAUGCUAAGGUGAGAACGCUUUUUUCUUCAUGUUUUCAGGUUCAAAUGCAACAUGUCUUCAUAAGCUAUACACGAGAUUGAGGGCCAAAAAAAAGAAGUGUAAAAUACCUUACAGCAAGCAUACAGCUAGUGUUAUCCACACAAUAAGUCCGAUAUAUAGUAUUCCUCAACUACGCCAAGUGUAUUUAUAUUUAUAUAUAUUUUUUUUAGCUUAUUCCUCCUCUUAAAGUGUUAAACCAGACUAAACUUCCUUGAUGCUGUGGGCUCAGAACAGGUUUGUGAACCAAAAAUAAACUCAAAUCUAUGUUAUCUCCUUUCAAUUGUCACCAAAUGGACCAGAUUUGGUGAAAUAUCAGAUACGUCUGUCUGUAAUGAUUUGGACCAUUUGAAAAUGCUAAUACGUUUAGAUUUAGUAUUACAAUUGUGGCCAUAAAUCCAUUAUAUAGAACAUUGUUUUAAAGGAUUGCGAUUUAGAUUUUGUACUUUAAAAAUGGAAUGGCUGAUAAACAGUAGUUAUUGUUAAUUCUGUUUCAGUUGAUUAGUAGACCUCAAACGUUUUCAGAAUCCUCUCCUUUUAUAAAUUCUCAAUGUCAAAUGACUUAUCACAUCAGGCUACGAUGACAUUAGGAUACUGCUUGACACCAGGCUAGUUACAUUAGGAUACUGCUUGACACCAGGCUACGGUGACAUUAGGAUACUGCUUGACACCAGGCUAGUUACAUUAGGAUACUGCUUGACACCAGGCUACGGUGACAUUAGGAUACUGCUUGACACCAGGCUACGGUGACAUUAGGAUACUGCUUGACACCAGGCUACGGUGACAUUAGGAUACUGCUUGACACCAGGCUAGUUACAUUAGGAUACUGCUAGUAAGAUGAUAAAGUACUUUUGAUAAAGUACUUUUUUAGAGACCCGUGAAGGCAGAAUGUGACCGACUUUGUUAGUACAUACGGGUAGAGUCUUCAACACUUUCCUUUUGUCUUAAAACUACUCGAAAGGAGCCUCCUCGAGCAACAACUUAUGAAGGUUGGGGAUGAGGAUAUCUGACGACAAAUACUAUACACACACAUUGGUGUUUGGUUUUUUCGCAGGGAUAUAUUUAAGGAAUUACCAAAAGACAAGUUGUAUAUGUCUCUGGAAAUGUAAAGAUUAUUAUCACGUUAUUAUGAAGUUCCAGGAAUUUUGUAGAAAGGGAUAUUACAGUGGGACCACUGUCACAGUUGUUGUAUUUGGCUGUUUAAGGUCAAGAUUAAUGGCUAUUUGUUUAAAUCGGUAUAAGUGGACAUUGCACAGGGCUGCCGUAAGUUCCUUCCUCCUGACAAAGAACUGCUUCCAUUUUGUUUAUCAGACGCUGUGCUGUCAUACAACCUACUGCCGAACAUUGUAGGUUGGGUUUGUUUCUCUUUUGCAUUGAAUAAAAUGAAGCAUGUCCUCAA